AAUUGUAGUCUUGUGCGACCUUCUUUCGUAAUCGGAUUGAAAUUUUCCCGUUUUCUUUACAACGUAGUCGUUGAUACAUUCAAAUUGAAAUAUAGCACUAUAAUUAUUAAAUCGACAAACAAGAAAAUGGCGUUGGUUAUGUUAUUGAAAAUGUUUCUUCUUUUUUUUCUUUUUCUUCUGAAGACCGCAAGUUCGUCUGACUUUCAUUCUAUCAGCGACGAACAAACUCCAUUUCUCAUAGAUAUUUGCAAAUUAUACGGACCGAAAUCUGUAGUAUUUUUAUAUGCCGAAUCGAUAAAAGAAAUGGAAAUGACAACGAUGAUGUUUAAAUGGAGGCGUGCACUUUCUCGGGAAGGUAUUGCGAGCACGAACUUGCACUUUUCACAAUUGCACGAAACAUCCUACUACGUGAAAGAAAUUUACCUUUGA